UGUCCCAAUGGCUGGGAAUAUUCGUCAUCGUUGACCUGCUGCGUUCCGACGGCUCCUGAUCUACCGUCCUGCCCCGCUCGAUCUUCGUGGGACAACACAAACUAUGUUUGCCAACCUUCCUCGUCAGCUCCGAUGCCCUCGUCCAUUUACGGUCGGAAAUCGAGACUUUCUAGGCGUGCGGAGCAAAGUCCACUUUCACCCUGUCCGGCAGGACUCCAGAAAUGUCCCAUUUCAAGAAUUUCCAGUUCGACAGAUGAUGAAUAUGAAUGUGUGGAGACGACGGCAGACUUGCUGAACUGCGGUGGGUGCGCGGUCACUGGGGAAGGCCGUGACUGUACUGCUAUUUCUCGAGCAGUCAACGUUGGAUGCCAUUACGGCACUUGUAUUGUCGAUAGUUGCAUGAAGGGUUACGUACCGGCCGAAGACGGUGGUAGCUGCGUGAGGGCUAGUAAUCGUAGAAUAGUCCGAGAGACUUCUUAA